AUGACGCCCCACCGCUGUUUUUCCACCGACUCUGAGAGUACCAAUGACGACGAUCUUGACGACCUAUUCGAGGACGAGACUACCUGGGGCCUCAGCUUACCGCCUAUCGUGAGUCCAUCUGCGCUUGCCCCCAUCAGCACUUCUGACCCAGAUUCGCAGCCUACAUCUUCACCUAUCUCCUCUCAUGACGACACCCAUGUCGCUGUUCCUCAGAAGCGCAAACGCGAUUCUGCUACCACCGACGACGACGCCUCCGACGACUCUGACGACUCUCCGCUAUCCAAGAAGGCCAGAAGUGCCGAUGAAGAGGCAGAGAACAAGAACAACGGCAAAGAAACCGAAGCCACUCGACGAUACCGCACCCUCGCCACCGCUGCGUCAUUGAAGCCAUCGACCAAUAACGCGAACAAGUUCCUUGACACUAUGAGAAAGCAGCGCUCAAUCCCCACACCACGCUACGUCCCCACCGGCGCCGAGCGCCGCACCGAAGUAAACCAGCUCGCAGCCAAGCACGUCCGACAUGUCGCCCCCGCCAUGCUCGCCAACAACAACAGCAAUCGCGACGUCGGCGGUGCGAUGACCAAGUUCGACUGGGCCGCCACCAAGCGCGAGAUCCCCACCUCCCAGAUCAAGGCUCCUGCCCAUGCGCUGCAGAAAUGGGUCGACGCGGACGAUGAACACAUAACCUGGUUCGUCAUUCCCGCUUCACACAAAUACAUCAACACGGGUAGCAUGAUGGUGCCCAUUGUGGACAUUGUCGACAAAUCGAUCAAGUACCCAGAGUGGAUGUUUGUGGAGAAGAUUAUGGGGAAGCAUUGGAAGACGGGGGUGGAGGUGGUUAAGGCGGUCAAGGUCAAGUAUGAGAAGCUGACGGAUGAGCAGAGUCUUGAGAGGAUGGGGUUUAUGGUUAAGCAGAAGGAGGAUGAGGUUAGGCAGGCGAGGAAGGAUGAGGCGGCUAGGAGGAGGAGGGAGAAGAGGGAGAGAAGGGCGAGGGCGAGGGAUGAGGAGGAUGGGUAG